AUGGCGGAUUCUUGCCCUGCGCGGCAUGAACCGACCCUCUCAUUCACCCAAGGCCUCAUAGUAGGCCAACUCUCCGUCGUCCUAAUCCUAGCCGCCUUCAUCAAAUUCUUCAUCUUCGGCGAUGCGCCCUCCCCCGACGUCGCCGCCUCUCUCCGCGCCACAGAGCGAAGAUCAAGGACGCUGGCACAUAAGCAGUCCCUCCUACGACUACGCUCUCCCAGCCAACGCAUCGGCCAGACCUUGAAUCGCAAGAAGUCUACCGUCCUGAGGAACCCGCCGACGCUGACCAUCGGGUCCAUCCUGAGCAAGACGUACUACAACGUCGACAGCCAUCAGCCGGAAAGUCUGGACUGGUUCAACGUGCUGAUAGCACAGACGAUUGCUCAGUUUCGCAGCGACGCCCAGCAUGACGAUGCCAUUCUCAAUUCUCUUACCAAAACCUUGAACGGGACGUCGAGGCCGGACUUUGUCGACGAGAUUCGCGUUACGGAGCUCAGCCUAGGUGAAGAGUUUCCUAUCCUUAGCAAUUGCCGCAUUAUCCCUGUCGACGAAGACGGCAUCAGCCUGGGCAGCCAUGUGAAAAUCGACCCCGCGACGGCGGCUCGGGAUGGCACUCGCCUCCAGGCUCGAAUGGACGUCGAUCUUAGCGACAUGCUCACCUUGGCAGUGGAGACAAAGCUGCUUCUCAACUAUCCCAAAAAGCUAUCUGCAGUUCUUCCAGUAGCCCUCUCUGUCUCCGUUGUGAGAUUCAGCGGAACGCUAUCCAUAUCAUUUCUCCCGAGCAACCCUUCUCAAUCAACCCCGACCAUGAUGGCCUUUAACUUCCUGGACGACUACCGGCUCGACUUCUCCAUCAGGAGUUUGAUGGGUAGCCGCUCACGGUUGCAGGACGUGCCCAAGAUUGCCCAGCUGAUUGAAUCACGGCUGCACAGGUGGUUUGACGAACGAGCAGUCGAGCCAAGAUUUCAGCAGAUUGCGCUACCCAGCUUGUGGCCGAGGAAGAAGAAUACCAGGGGCCCUGACGAUGCGAUGGCAGAAGGAAGUACAAGCUCUGCUGGUCUCUCCAAAGGUAAAGAGAGAGAUGCUUCUGUUGGGGAGCAGGCUACUCUACGGCAUCGCCGACCAUUGGUGGAUGAUGAAUUUUCCAAAGAAGGCUCUCUACGCAGUCUCAGUAGGGAUACGAGGGGCUAG